UCAGCGGGGCCGGCGGCCUCUGCCGUCGCCGCGGUCCCAAUGCCCCUCGGUCUCGCGUCCCCGCGGCCUCGCUCCGCCCCUUCCCCGUCGCUCCGCCCGCGGCUGGCUGCGGUCGGCGAGCAGAGCGCGCUAUCGGUGAACAUGGAAGAAGAUGCAUUCUUGGAAGAAAAAGCAUUCCAGCAUUAUUGCGCAGAAUUCCUUAAACAUUCACAACAGAUAGGCGAUGGCUGGGAAUGGAAAGCAUCAAAGGACUCUUCCGAUGGUUACUUGUGCAAGACACACUUCCAGGCCAAGGCGACGGCAAGGUCUCUUCCAGGGGCAUCCACAGAGGAAGGCGAGACGUGGUUUCCCAUGGAGCGAGGCUGGCCUGGACUUUGGGACCACAGGUUAACUUUCCAUUGCUCAUGCCCUCCAAGAGGUUCUGAGGAGGCCCUUGAGGUGCCCUCGGAUGAUUCAGAGGUGCCCAUGACAGCGGCAGCGACCGAGGUGGUCAGAUACGAGUACCACGUCCUGUACUCUUGCAGCCACCAGGUGCCCGUACUGUACUUCAGAGCAAGCUUCGCAGAUGGGAGACCUCUCGCCCUGCAGGACAUCUGGGACGGAGUCCAUGAGUGCUACCAGGCGCGGCUGCGACAGGGGCCCUGGGACACGAUCACCCAGCAGGAGCAUCCAGUCCUGGGACAACCCUUUUUUGUACUUCAUCCUUGCAAGACUACUGAAUUCAUGACUCCAGUAUUAAAGAAUUCCCAGAAAAUCAAUAGGAACGUCAACUACAUCGCAGCCUGGCUGAGCGUCGUGGGGCCAGUCGUGGGGCUGACUCUCCCUCUGAGUUACGCCAAGGUCCCCUCUCAGGAUGAAUGAGGUGUCCACUGACGAGGUGCCGAGCAGCAUGGGUGUCACGGUUUGCUGUCGGAACGAUCGCUGUGUGUGUGUUACAUGGAGCUUCGCCCCUGCUGCGUGGCGCGUUUGCUUUUAACAUCGCUGGGCUGAACGCUGGUUUGCUCUUUACUGUGCCCGCAGGGCCCCCUAGUUACGUAGGAGGCCUUCUACUUGACGUUUCAUUUUAGUACCAGCGUUCUUGAAAUAAGUCUUUUAUUGCUCAGUUAACCAUUUUAUCUCUUGGCUCUUGUUUUGUUCUUGUUCUCAUAUUCUUCUGAGACAGUGAAUUCGCCUGCCCCUGGGCGCACACAGCGGUCCCUGCCUGUGGUCCUCGCACUGAGGGCGGCUGAGGCAGGAUCACAAGUUAGCAUCCUACCUGGUCAACUUCAAGGCCCUGCUUCAAGGUGGAAAACAAGCAGUGGAGAUGGAGCCAUGGGUCCAACCCCAGCACAGGAGGAAAAUAGCUUACAUGGGCCUGAAAACUGGUGUUCUAAGCAUGACCUCGCUCUAAUUAUUCUCCCACAGCCACACUCAGGGACAAUUGGGUCUUUCUCUUUCUAUUUUUCUCCAUACUAGUGUGUGUGUGUACAGAUAGAAAGACA